CGUUAUUUGAUAAUAUCCACCAAUAAUCUGCAGCAAACGCAACGAUGCACCGAAGCAACACGAUGGUUAUGGCGAACGCUGAUGAUGAUGCAACGCUGCCACCAACCAAUCACUUGCGAAGCAAGAACUGACUGACACAAGCAAGGAAGGAAGGAAGCUGCCACGCAAGACGAGAAGCAAGCAGAAGCACAGCCCAAACCUGAGGCACCAACCAAGCUGUCGUGAGCGCGCAGACAUGAGUGCCAUGUUCUCCGAGCCAUACGAGGUCAUCAACCCAGCGGGCACGGCCCGCGGCGUUCUUGUUUGCGAUCAUGCAUCCAACACCAUCCCUGCAAAGCUGGAUGGGCUUGGCUUGGAGAAGAAGCACCUCUCGGAUCACAUUGCCUGGGACAUUGGCGCCGGCUGGGUGACGCGGCAGCUGUCUGAGCGGCUGAACAUGCGCGGGGUCGUGUGCGGUUACAGCCGGCUGCUGAUCGACUGCAACAGACAGCUCGACGACCCAUCCUCCAUCCCUCCCGUCUCCGAUGGCGUGCCUGUGCCGGGCAACCAGCACCUCACGCAGCAGCAGCGCGAUGACCGCGUGAGCGGCAUCUUCAAGCCGUACCACAACGCCAUAUCCGCCACCAUCAACCAGUGGUUCAAGGACCAGGGACAAGAUGGUGUUGAUAGCGGUGGUGAUGCUGUGGUGAUCGCGCCAACAUCGCCAAAACCCGUCAUCUUCUCCAUUCACUCCAUGACGCCAAAGCUCAAGGUUGUUGGGGAGCAUCGGCCGUGGGAGGUGAGCGUGCUGUGGCACUCUGAUCGCAGCGUCGCGGACGCCCUGCUGGAAUACCUGUGCAAGCGCGAAGAUGAGCACGGAUAUUGCGUGGGAAACAACGAGCCGUACUCCGGCAAGCUCAUCCCCGGAUACACCACGCCGACGCACGGGCUGGCGCGCGGCCUGCCGCACGUGAUUAUCGAGAUUCGCAACGACAAGCUGCAGGAUGAGGAGUCUGCGGCGUACAUUGUGGACCUGCUUGCCGGCGCAUUUGAGCACGCCAUGGACGUGUGCUGCUGCUCUGGCCCCAAGUUUGAUGCAGAUGGUGGCGCUGAUGUUGGUGGUGAUGGCAAGGACACGAAAGUGGCGGGAGAAGCAGGCACAGGCGCGGACAAGAAGCCCCUCUCCGCGUGCAGCCAGCAAGUGUGCGAUUGACUCGACUGCGCUCGUGAUUGCUUGGUUGAUGCAGCUGCUGUUUGUGACGCUUCUUCGUUGUUGCGUUAGAGCGUCGUUGAUGCAUUAGAGCUUCGUUGUUGCGUUGCAGUUCAAUACCACAGCCAGGCAG